AUCACCAUGUUAAGACGACAGGACAAUCGAGUCAAUGCUACGACAUUUCACCGAAAGCUUACUGUGUUUGUACUCGUCAUAUUCUGUGCUCCUGCCGUAUACCUCAUAAUAGAUGUAACAGAAUGGGACACUUCGUUCGAUCAUCUCAUAGAGAAUCCAGAAUUGGGGUGGGUUUGGAUACACUGUUAUGGUGACUGUAAUCUGUCUAGUCGUAACUAUUGUAGGUUUUCGAUCGCUGGCAACGAUGUAUUGGUGUUCGUUCAUAUUCAAAAGACCGCUGGGACAUCUUUUGAAAAGUUUCUUGUUCGUCAUCUUGAUAUUGAACGUCCUUGCCAAUGCAGUAAAGGGAAAAAGCGAUGUAGCUGCCUGAGGCCAAAUAAGCGAAAUGAGGUUUGGUUGUUCUCUCGAUAUUCAACGGGAUGGUUAUGUGGUUUGCAUGCAGACUUCACCGAACUUUAUGUGAGCGGUUGUGUUGACAAUGCGCUUAAUAAGAAAGAAGGAGCUCGGCGGAUGCGACGGUAUUUCUAUACAACAUUCUUACGAGAACCUAUUUCUCGUUUCAUCUCGGAGUAUCGUCAUGUGAACCGAGGUGCCACAUGGAUUGCUUCCAGACAUAUAUGUAAUGGUCGAGCCCCGACGUCUGAUGAGUUACCUUUGUGUUUCGAUCCGAAUACAGGAUGGGAUGACGUUUCUUUGGACGAGUUUAUGAUGUGCCCAUUCAAUUUGGCAUUCAAUCGGCAGACACGGAUGCUCGCUGACUUAACUCUUGUGAAUUGCUAUGUACGGAAUGGCACGGAUCCAGCAACAAGAGACCGUGUACUUUUGGAAAGUGCUAAGAGAAACCUGAACUUAAGACUGGAGUCCGAUCAUCAAAUUUAUAAAAUUUAUCCAACUUGGUUUGCUUUCAGCUUUAAUCGCCGUCUAUCAGAUUGGAGCCGGAGUAAGUCAAACGAUACAAAUGUCAGUUCGGAGCAGUUGAAGGAGAUUCGAACGCGCAAUCAACUGGACAUCGAGUUAUACAAUUAUGCUCUCAAGCUUUUCGAACAUCGACUAGCAGUAGUUCAAAAUCAAUCAAAGCAUAGGUUCAGGAAAACGUGCGUAUGCUAG